GUGGGGGGUGGGGAGUGGGGGGAGCAGGGGGGUGGAGGGGUAGGGAGUGGGGUGUGGGGGGAGCGGGGGGCACAGCCAGGUGCAUGUUAUGGGUCCAGGGCAGCGACCCAGUCCAUUUGUCCUUUUCAAAGUGUGGCCUGGGACACCUCCUAUCCAGCCAUACGCCGCCCAGGACUGGCUCAACAGCUCCACCCUCCACUGCUGUUCACCCAUGACACGUCACUUCCUACCCGCCACUGCUGGCUCACCUGUGACACCCCAGGCAGCUCAGAUGCCCAGCAGGUCCUGCUGGUAAGAGGGAGGCAGGAACGUGUCCUGUCUGGGACCCGGGCAUUGCUGGGCGCCGGAGGGACCUGGGACCUCAACCACGCUGGGAGCUGGCCUGUCGUACAGGCGGUGCCUGGCAGAUGUGGAUGGGCUCCGCAGGCUCCUGGUGGCCCACCCCUGCCUUCGUGCCAUCCUUCCUGGGAGUCUCCUGGCCAAGGAGGACUCGAGGCCUGUCCCACCUGUGCCCAGGGCUCACUGUGGCUCCCUUCAGCGGGGCUCUGCUCUCUCCCCGCCUGCUUCCCCUCCAGCUCCUGGGCUCUGCCCCAGCAUGCCCCUGAGCCUCUCCCAUUCCUGGCCCCAGCCUGGCCAGGGAUCCCAGAGGAUGCCUUCGCCAGCCCAGCCCCUUGCCUGGUGGAUCACCACUCCUGUCUCCUGCUGCUCUGCCCCCUGCCCCGGGCCUGGGAAACCUGGGAGGACCCUCAGGGAGGGUCAGGGAUGUGUGACGCCAGCAGGAGGCCGACGAGUUCCCUGGCAGGAAGCACACUGCACGGGGAGCCUGCCGCCAUGCUGCCACUCUCGUGCCCCUGCGGGGCCGCAGAGAGGGAUGCCUAGGGCGGGGUGGGCAGUGGCUGCUGUAGGGGAGGCGCUCUGGGCAGUGCUGUUCCCUGAGAAACUGCAGCCCCAAGGGGCCUGGGCAGGGCCUGGCCUGACUGAGUGGGGUUGAGGGGGAGGUAGGGUGGGUGUGCCCUAUGAUGUAGGGCCUGCUGCACCCUGGGGAGGGGACCCAGUGCAGUGAUGCCCAAGUUCCAGCGUUCAGACUGCCUGGGAGCCCUGAGACUCCUUGACCCAGCAGGACACCCCUUCCUGGGUGAGGGGGAGAGUGGGGUGGGCCAGAAAGCCCACCCAGACAACUGAGACCCCUCCCCACCUGCUACCCCAUCUGCUUGGGCCCAGGAAUGGAGGGGCCAAGGCAGACCCCUCAACAUACAUGCUGAACCCUGAUGUGUAGCCACCCACACACCAUGAGCCCAGAUUGUGGCAUUCAGUAUUUUUUCUGACAUCAAAACAGUCUUGGCAGGGCACGGUGGCUCACACUUGUAAUCCCAGUACUUUGGGAGGCCUAGGCAGGUGGAUCACCUGAGGUCAGGAGUUCGAGAUCAGCCUGGCCAACAUGGUGAAACCCCGAAAUACAAAAAUUAGUCAGGCAUGGUGGUGGGCGCCUGUAAUCCCAGCUACUUGGGAGGCUGAGGUGGGAGAAUUGCUUGAACCUGGGAAGUGGAGGCUGCAGUGAGCCGAGAUCGUGCCACUACACUCCAGCCUGGGUGACAGAGCAAACUCUUUCUUAAAAAAAAAAAAAAAAAAAGACCAGGGCCCGGUGUGGUGGCUCAUGCCUGUAAUCCCAGUACUUUGGGAGGCCGAGGUGGGCGGAUCACCUGAGGUCAGGAGUUUGAGACCGGCCUGACCAACAUGGAGAAACCCCAUCUCUACUAAAAAUACAAAAAAUUAGCUGGAUGUGAUUGCGGGCACCUGUAAUCCCAGCUACUUGGGUGGCCGAGGCAGGAGAAUCACUUGAACCAGGGAGGCAGAGGCUGCGGUGAGCCGAGACCACACCAUUGCACUCCAGCCUGGGCAACAAGAACAAAACUCCAUCUGAAAAAAAAAAAAUACUGAGCCAGUCCAUGUGCAUUAUUUCAUUUCUGGUGGACUCUUCCCGAUGUUAAUUUCACUUGAGAUAUUUAUGCAUGUGCUCAUGUGAACACACACGUGCAUCAGCACACACUGGCCUGCUCACGCACACACCUGCAAGUGCUGCUUCCAGCCUCCUGCCUCGAGGCCGGCCCGGCUCCCUCCCUGUGGAAUGGGCUCUUCCCACGGGGCAGAUGGACUAAGACGAAUGCUCGUUAAGCCCCCCAGAGGUUGCCUGGCUUGGCACUCUCUGCAGUAUCUGAGGCGGGGCUCACUCGCCCAUUUGACAGAUGGAGAAACUGAUGCUUAGAGGUGUGGAGUGAGUGCCUGAGGCCAAGCUGCGAAAGGCAGAGCCCCCGACUCCCCCAGUGCCCCCGGAAUCCCCCAGCCCCACCGACUCUCCCAGAUCCCCCGACUCCCCCAGCCCCCCCAACUCCCCCAGCCCCACCAGCACCUGCUCACCACCCUCCCCAAACUCAAAUUGCACCCGCCCCAGCUUCAGGGCUUGGUUGGGGUUCCCUUUUCAAUCAAGGUACAACAUCCAGGUGGUAAAAUGCUCCCAUCAGCCACUUACUGGCGCAGUGGCUCACGCCAGUAAUCCAGUACUUUGGGAGGCCAAGGCGGGCGGAUCACAAGGUCAGGUAGUUCAAGACCAGCCUGGCCAAUAUGGUGAAAAAAAUUAGCUGGCCGUGGUGGCACAUGCCUGUAAUCCCAGCUAGUCAGGAGGCUGAGGCAGGAGAAUUGCUUGAACCCAGGAGGCGGAGGUUGCAGUGAGCCGAGAUUGUGCCACUGCACUCCAGCCUGGGUGACAGAGCAAGACUCCAUCUCAAAAAUAAAUAAAUAAAUAAAUGCUCCCAUCUUUGGGCUGCAGCUCAACACGUUCUCACCCAUGAGAUUCUCGUGCAGCCCUUGGGUCUUCAACCGGCACUCCAAGCCCUGACCAGGUCCACUACUAAGGCCCACCCGGCAGCUUCGCCUUCCUCAGGCCUUGGUCCUAUCUUGCUGCUUGAGUUCAGCGUCAUGCCUGGGAGAUUCAUCCGAGUUGCCACGUGCAUCAGUGGCUCCUCUUUGUUGCUGAAUUAUAUUCCGUCGUAGGAAUAAACCACGUACGCUAACCCAGCCUCCCACUGAUGGACAUUUGGGUUAUUUCUGGUUUGGGGCUUGUUGAAUGGUGGCACCCAAAAUAUGUGUCCACCCAGAUCCUAUGAAAGGGAACUUCUUUGGAAAAAUAAUCUUUGUAAAUGUCAUUAAUUAAUGACAUUUAAUUACAGACUGACUAUUAUUUAUUUAUUUUUUCUUUUUUUUGGAGACAGAGUCUCACUCUGUUGCCCAGGCUGGAGUGCAGUGGCGCGAUCUCAGCACACUGCAAACUCUGCCUCCCAGAUUCAAGCGAUUCUCCUGCCUCAGCCUCCUGAGUAGCUGGGAUUACAGGUGCCCACCACCAUUCCCAGGUGUGUAUUAGCCGGGGUCUCCAAAGAACCAGAGCCAGCAGGAGACACACCCGUCUCUGUAUCUGGAGAAAAAGAUCGAUGAGAAGGAAUCUGCUCCUGUGAUGAUGGAGGCUGACAAGUCCCGAGAGCCACGGUUGGCACCCUGGAGACCCCGGAGGGCGAUACCACCACUCCAGGCUGAAAGCUGGCAGGCUUGAGACCCAGGGAGAGCCGGCCCUCUGACUCCUGGGACUUCUUAGUCUAUCCUAGUAUUUCCUCAGCUGAGUGCAUGGGGCCAGCCCACACUGGGGAGGGCAGUCAGCGUCACUCAGAGCACCGGGUCAUCUCAUGCAGAAACACCCUCGAAGAAAUAGCCCAAAUUAUGCUGACCAAAUAUCUGGGCACCCCGUGCCCCAGACAGGUUGACACAGAAAAUUAACCAUCACAGGUUAACUCCAUCUAGGAGUGGAAUUGCUGGGUCAUAGAGAAGGCAUAGGAAUUCACAGAAAUCACCAAAUGGUGUUCAGGCGGUUGUGCCAUGUUAAACUCCCACUGGAAAGAGAGGAGAGCUGUGAUUGUUCCACGUCCUCAGCAAUGUUUAGAAUAGGCAGUCUUUGGCUGGGCCGGGCACAGUGGCUCAAACCUGUAACCCCAGCACUUUGGGAGGCCAUAGUGGGUGGAUUACCUGAGAUCAAGAGUUCAAGACCAGCCUGGCCAACAUGGUUAAACCCCGUCUCUAUUAAAAAUGCAAAAAUUA